AUGUCCACUUCAAAUUGCAAGCAUCGACGGAAGAUAAUGCUGCGUGAAUGUAUUGUUCCGCAAGCCUGGGAUGAACUUCAGAAUUGGAUGGAAGCAGUCAAAUGGGAUAAGACAGCCUCAGCACCUCUUGUUCUUCCAUUCGUUUUUCCCAAGUUUGUGACGGGAGCACUGGCGGCGCGUCACACAGAGUUCUCCAGGCUCUCAAAUACCAAGUCAUCAAACGAACUCAUGCUGACUUUGAGUGAUAUCCGUCUGCGUCGAUUUCAGUCUGGUCGCUCUGCUUAUGCUCCAACCAUGGGCAGAGGUACAGCUUCACAUGUGAGUCGUUGCUCUUUGGAUGACCAGAAACUCUGA